AUGCUGGCCGAAGGCUUGGCAGGGCAGGCGGCAGCUGCCAACAUCGGCUACCAUGCUGGCCACCAGCACGCGGCUGAGUGCGAGCGGCUCAGGAAGGCCAGGCUGCGCGUGGAGAAGGCCAUUAAGGAGAAGAAGAUCUUCACAGUGCACGGCCCUUACCCCGUCAUCCGCCGGCUGCUGCGCGCCCGGGGCUGGGUGGAGAGGAAGCUGCCCCUCAAUGGCAAGCAGCUGAAGCAGCAGCCUGGCGACCAAAGGAAACAGCAGCAGGAGAAAAGGGCAAGUGGUGGCGGUGAUGAGCAGGGGGAGGCAGUGCUGAACCCGCGUGGUGGAGCACAGCCUUCCUCGGGCACCGCAGAGCCGCUGCAACACCCAUGCUGCACAGCACACGAUAAGGAGAACAAGGAGGAAAGGGAAGAUGAAGACGAGGAGGAAGACCAGGAGCAGUGCAGUGGGGACUCUGAAGACAUCCAUGACCUCAUGUCCUUCCUGGUGCAGGACCAGGUGCCAAACUUCCUCUGGACCAUUCGCCUGAGCAGCGUUGACCAGGAGCUGCUGCCAAGGAUUGAGGUGGUGAACCGCUAUCCCCAGCUGGCCGCGCUUUGCACCAAGGAGGGGCUGUGCCAAAACCUGCAAAACUUGUCCUGGUUUGAGCAAAUCGACUUCAACACCUUUUUCCCCCGGUGCUACCGGCUGGGGUUCAGGGAUGAGGAGGAAGCAUUCACCGAGGAUUUCUGCCUGACAGCAGCUCGCAGCCUUCUCAAACUGGCCCUGCAGAAAGUUGGAGACAGGCCGGUGGGGACAGAGCAGCCCCCAAAACCCGAUGAGGUGCCAGGGUGGCCGCGCUCCCCCCUGUAUCCCCAGCUGGUGGAGGAGGCCCUGAAGGUCUGUGAGCAGCACCUGGAAGUUCUGAGGCACCAGGACAUCGACAGGAACACCCCAUCGCCCUGCCGCACAUGCAUCGACUGGGACCGCUUCCUGCUGGAAUACUACCGUGUGGCACGUGAGGGGACCGGGCCGGUGCUGGGCAGGGAGCAGCGGCAGCGGUGCCAGGACCUGCUGCAGCGCCUGGAGGAGAAGCUGCCUCAGCUCGCCAUAGAGGGUAACCUCAACAUCUGGAUCGUCAAGCCCAGCGCCAAAUCCCGCGGCAGGGGCAUCGUGUGCGCGACGCGGCUGGAGGAGGUGCUGGAGCUGGCGCAGAGCUGCACGGGCCCCCCAGUGCAGGUGUGCGAGUGGGUGGUGCAGAAGUACGUGGAGCGGCCGCUGACCAUCUUCAGCACCAAAUUCGACAUCCGGCAGUGGUUCCUGGUGACCGACUGGAAGCCACUGACUGUCUGGUUCUACCGAGACUGCUACCUGCGCUUCUGCUCCCGGCCCUUCUCUCUGUGUCACCUGGAGCCUGCCAGGCACCUCUGCAACGUCGCCAUCCAGAAGCGGUACAAAACAUCACAGCCGGACCCCCGCGUGCCCCCCGACAAGAUCUGGUGCAACAAGCAGUUCCAGGCCCACCUGGCACGGCUGGGGCGGGCGAAUGCUUGGCAGCGGGUGACGGUGCCCGGCAUGAAGGCGGCGAUCCUGAACGCCCUGCGCUGCACCCGGGACCAGGUGGGGUCCCGCAAGGGCAGCUUUGAGCUCUUCGGGGCUGACUUUCUCAUCGGGGAGGACUUCCAGCCCUGGCUGCUGGAGAUCAACUCCUGCCCCACCAUGAGCCCCUCCUCGGCGGUGACGCGCCGGCUGUGCGCCAACGUCCAGCGGGACACGCUGCGCCUCGUCAUCGACCGCAAGGACAACCCCACCUGCUCCAUUGGUGCCUUUGAGCUCCUCUACAGGGAGGCAGCCGUGUCCUCAUGUCUGACUGUGGGGCUGAAGCUGAUGGUCACAGGCUGUUCCGUGAAGAAGCCCCAGCCAAAAAAGCAUCGAUCCAAGGACAAGCUCCCCACCACUGCUGCCCCCGCUCCAGGAAGCGCCCAGGAGGCCCUGGCGACCCCCAGGGCCCGGGAGCCGUGGAUCGGCACAGCUCAGCCGGCCGGGUGGGCAGCCCCAGGCCGCUCGGUCCCGCAGAGUUCUGCCCCCGAUCAAGGCCCGUCCCCCGGUGCGGGGGCCUGUGCCACAGCCCCGGGGGGCGCCCAGCAGACCCUGGCGACCCCCGGGCUGUGCACGGGUCCCUGCAGGAGUUCCUGCCAGGCCAGCGCGCCUGCCGGCGCUGUAACAGAGCACCGCACCCCAGCCCCUGCCGGGAGCAGAACGCGCCAGCUCCCAAAGGGGGUGCAGGACACCUGGGACACAGAGACACCCCCACGAGGCCACAGCGUCCUGCCCGUCCUGGACGGGCUAACACAGCAGCACCCGGCUGCCUCCCACGGGAACCAGAGCCCAUUGCUAUGCCGCGGUAGCCACCUUAACCUGCGCGCCUGCUUUAAUAGACUUUCGGUCGGCUGCUGCGGGGAUCCUCCUGCGAGCUCGGGGCUGCUGGGGCUGGCUCCGCGGCUCGGCUCGCUGCGCCCUGCCGGCGCUCGGGAGCGCUUCCAGCCGCGCGUCCCCAGCCAGAGACCAUCUCUCCCGCAGCUCCCGCAGCUCCCGCAGCUCCCCGCUCCCAUCCCGUACUGCGGCAGCGCCGGCAGCUCAGAGGGAGCCUGGAACUGCUCCGAAAGGCCGGGCUUAUCGCCGCUCAAACAGCGCUCCUCCUUACGUGCUGCGCUAAUUAAUCUAUCACAGGGGCAGCACACGCUCAUUGACCGCCAGCCCGCCGGAGAGGGGCUGGGGGAGCUGUGA